AUGAGGAGCAGGGCUUACAACCUCGUCCAUCGGAAGGAAACCCUUCCGCUGGACGAGGUACACGUACCUCGUCCAUUGGAAGGAAACCCUUCCGCUGGACGAGGUACACGUGCCUCGUCCAUUGGAAGGAAACCCUUCCGCUGGACGAGGUACAUGUACCUCGUCCAUUGGAAGGAAACCCUUCCGCUGGACGAGGAAACCCUUCCGCUGGACGAGGUACACGUACCUCGUCCAUCGGAAGGAAAGGCGCCCCAACUAACAUCAGAAAUACGGCAGACACUGGUGAAAAGGUGUUCAGAGAAGCUGCGGUUCAUUCGCUCAGUUGGCUUGUCGGCCCGAGCCUCGAAGACGAUCCCGACCGAGCCGAGUUAUUUCAUUUCUGACAUCCUCAACGACAUUCAGGUCUAUCUAGAGAAGUAUGGCAAGAACUUGACCGAGCAGGUUCGGACGAAUCUGGUGAGCGGGAUCAUCGACGAAUUGUCAGCCAAGUAUCUCGCCAUCCUCAUAAACGUCCAACGCUCCGAGGACUCCUUGAGGAAACUCAAGAAGGGCAAACACGGCUUCUCUAUCUUUAAUCGCAACUCUAACUCGGAUUCCAACAAGGCCGCCCCCCUCGUCGAGGACGACGAGCUUAAGGUUAAGGUUCAGUUAAGGCUUGAUGUGGAGCGCUUGGAACUCGAUUCCAUCCGCUUGGGGGCCGAUCUUUCCUCUUCCAAAUCAUUUCUUGAAUUAAAAGAAACAGUCUCUAAAUAA